AUGAGCCAGAAUCUUAAGGAUAAAAAUCUAGAAGAACUUGAGAAUUUGUUUGAUCACGAAGAAAAUCCUAACGAACUAAACAACAUUAUGAAGAUAAUUGCCGAAAAAUGGGUCGAUUCAGAUAGUGAAGACAACGAGAAUAACUAUGUAUCCAUUGAAGAAGAGUUAAACCAACAAAUGGGGUUAAUAAAACUAGAAGUCUUAGAGGCUAUACCUUUAGAAAUCAUACAACAAAAUGUUGAAAACAAAUUAGAAAAAAUGGUGGUUGAAAAUAACAACGUAGUUGGAGAAGAAAUACUGCAAGAAAAGACAAUGGGAAAGAAUUGUGUUAAUAAUUUCAUCCAAAGACCUAGAUAUCAAGGAGAGUCUAGUUGCACACAACCUAAAUAUGUAUCCGGAAGGAAGACUCGAUUUAAUGCGAAGGUCAUGCCAAACAAGUUCCCGAAAAAAGAAGAAAUAAAACUUGAACCGAUUAGUCAAACUGGAUAUAAGUUAAGCUUGGAUGGAUUGAGAAAUAGAGAAGAUGUCAUAGAACAUUGGAAAAAGAGUAUGAGUAGCGUGCUCAACUUAAAUACUGAAUGGACAUUAGAAAUCUUUCUUAAUUACAUAGAACACAAUUUGUAUGGGCGUGUAGCUGACUGGUAUGAUGGGUUAGAUGAAGAAGUUAAAGGAUUAUUAAGAGAAUCAGAAGUACCUACUACCACGUUUAGACAGUUAUGUCAAUAUAUUGAGGCGGAGUUUAUCGGGUCUAAAGCAGAUCUUGGUGAAAAAAUGAUGGAAUGUCAAAGAAAUCUAAGUAAUUUGUCUGUCUGUAAUAUAAAAUAUAUCGAAAGUUACAUUAUGGAAUUCGAACAAUAUUAUUAUAAAAUUGGUGAAAACAAAACCAACUUAGGUAUGUUUUACGACAAAUUACCAAACCCUAUAAAUGAAGAGAUAAAUGAAAAAUAUCAAGAAUUGGUCGAUAAACAUGGACAUAGGGAUGCACUGGGAAGAAUGAUAGAAUUUCUUAGAAAAUGGAUCGAAAAGAAAUGUAGAGAAGUAGUCGGAACCCAACAAAUGAAGAGACAAUUUAUCACAUGUUGGGACAUGCCUAACGACUAUGGUUGUACUAGAAAAAAAAUCCCAUUUAAAAGACAUAUUAUAAAGAAAUAA